GAACUUAUUUGCCAUGGCUUCCUGUCCUGGAUUCUCCCUUAAUCUUCUCUCAAGCUCUCGUGCUCCUUUGCUUCCUCCAUUUUCAUUAAACCCUUCUGCAAUUUCACAUAUUUCGACAGUUUCUGCUCUAAUUUCUGCUGAAGCCACCACCCGUCAUUAUUUGAAGCUUACUAACCGAACAAGAGCAGCGUCUGCUGAAGGAAUUCCUAAUGAGUUGAUUGAAGAUUCCAAGUUUGUUCCUCUUAAUGCUGAUGAUCCUAGAUAUGGUCCACCUGUAAGUUCUGGCCUUAUUGUUGAUUGGUUUUGAAGUGGAAGAGGUAGCAAAGAUACAACAACUUUUAAAAGGGCUGGACGGUGAAUUCAUGGAGGUUAUUUGCUGUACUGAAGACAUGAUUUCUUGCUCACUUUGGGAAGCUAUGAACACCAGACAACCAAAUUUAGAAGAAGUGAAGGUGGCCAUUUUCAACCAUAUUUCUGAAUCUUUCUUGUUCACAAUCUUUUAUUCUGUUUCCCCUGCUUUGCCUUAACCAUCAAAAAGGUAUUUUGAAGCUUGAUCAACAUUUCAAUGCAGAAAUGUCUUGAGAUAUGCAUCUCUAUUCUGUGUAUUAUACUUUGCCUUUCUGCAGAUUGCAAAGUCAUUGCCAAGGAUCUGCUUCUUAUCUGGUCUUACCGGGGAGGAGAUGAUGAUGUUCAUUGAUGCCUUCCCAGAUGCAGGACUAGAGGCAGCAGUGUUUGCAGCUCUGGUCCCAAACAGUGCGGACAAACCACUGCAAGGGCUAAUAGAAGAGAUCAUGGGGGACCAUGAAAUGCUGGUGAGCUUCUAUUGACUUGCUGCAUUUAAGCCUCUUAUGCUGCUGCUCUUAAGGCCUCAACAAAUGAAAUGUUUGAUCGUUCAUCACGCAGACGGCAAAUCAGUCAGGCUCAACAUAACAUUUGCGGUCAAAUCAUGUGAGGAUUACGCCAUCACCAUGAAAAGAACACGCUCAUUCUAAUACUGAAUAUUGAUCACAAAUUUUGCAUUGGUGAAUUAGCUGUACCCACGUCCUCUGCAAGUGAUUCUUUGUUGACUAAGUUAAUGGUCUGGAUCAAAAAGAUUGCUCAUUCAGUGGGUCCCUUCAAUUUUUUUUUGUCCAAGUAUUGGUGAACUUCGGUUCUUCCUAAUAUCAGGGGUCUAUUUUCUGUUAAUGGUUAUGAAAAAUGCAGUCUGCGCAUGAUAGAUUAGACUUUGUUUUUCUGGUAGACAAAUUAAAAAAAAAAAAAGGAAAGAAAGAAGAAGGCUGUUAAACCUAUACAAGUUUGGAUGCAAAGCCGUCUACGUUAGGUGAGAAUGUGAAGGUGAUGACCUUACACGUAGCCUGCCACGGAAUUGACAAAAUCCCACCUUGGCUGGCUGGGACGCGGUGCAAAUGAAACAAAUAUUAACUG